AUGAACGGUGAACUGGUGUUCGACAGGAAGCUUGUGGAGCCAGCCAACACACCACUCCUCACUCGAGCCAGACUCGUCCGUACCAUAGGGACGGAGCAUUUUCACAUCGGCCACAUUGGCAGUACCUCCCUUCCGCUUUCGUUUCCCCUUACACGCGCACACACAUCACCACUCUACUUCUCUUGGCCCGUGUUUGCCAGGUACGUCGGGAGCCCGCACCACGACCUUUUCGGGCAUCUGACCAACUGCUCCAUCAACAAGCGGUCGCCCUUCGCCUCUCAAGAGAAGGACGUCAUCGGUGGGGGUUGCAAGUGGACCCUCCGACGGCUCCGGCGCUGGGUGGAGGAGUCUUCUGCUCACGGAGUGGAGCGGUGGGACCGACUGUGGGCCAAGAUCCGGUCCCUGGUGUGCCUGACCGUGCUUCCCCUGGCAGACGUGGUUCCUGGCGGAGUAGGGCACGACAGCUGCUUCGAGCUUUUCGGAUUCGACGUCAUGGUGGACUCCAGGCUCUCCAGGCCGCACCUGAUAGAGGUGAACUGCUCUCCCGCCCUUGGGCUGGACGAGCCAGCCGACAGAGAGGUGAAGCUUCCGCUCAUCUCGGACCUGCUGGACCUCGUCGACAUAGAGUCUGCCUGCCUGGCGCAAGAAGCAACGAGGGCCACGAGGAUCUCCAAGGCCAGGAGCAUGCCCAGCUACAGCCGACCCCUUCUCGUCUCUCCUACUCCGACUCCUUCGUCUGCCGCCGCUUCCUGUUUGCCACCACCGCGCGGGGCAGAGCUGCAGCUGCUGCCACCGAGAGCCUCCCAGCGCCCCCCUUGGUUGGACCGCCACCAUCUCCAGCACCAGAACCAGCGCCAGCAGCAACAACGAACUGCAGCACCGAAAACAACGACCCCGCGGCCACUAUCACUGCCCGUUACCUGCCCGCCCCCGCCGGCACCGUCACCGCUAAAGGAGCUACAAACACCCGCCGAAUACACCCCCAGCGCCGUGCAAAAUGGCGGCGGCAGUGGCGGCGGCGGCAGCGACGGCAGCAGCCAACACGUCGACACCGAACCCAGCGGCGGCGGCGGCGGCGGCGACGGAUGCGGCAGUAGUUCCGAAUCUCCAGCCGGGUUCGGGUUCGAGAUGGUGUUCCCCUUUAGCACCGAGAGCGCGGACCACGCGAGGCGACUGAGUAAGUACACUGGCGCCGGCAAGGACCGAGAGACCAAGGGGUGGGGGCGGAGAGGGUGGGGGGGAGUCGAGGAGGGCAAACGGGGGCACAAGCAGUCGGGAUCGAUCGUGAUCGCAGAUACGGACCAAGGGUGAUCUUGUAUUAUCCUAGUUCCACAGCAUGUCGAGGCUCGCGGUUUACGGUCGUUUCGGAAAUGCCGACCCAGGUUACAUAGACUAGAGAGAAAACCUUAGCGUUCCCUCCAUGGUAUGUCGCUUGGAAGAGGCGUGUCGAGAGGGCGUCAUCGCAGCCACGGCGAAACGCUCUUGUAUCCUCAUGAGAAGAGAUUUGGAAAACAAUCGACGGUGUCUGGUGAAUGGUUGUUCGAAGGUGACGACAGAGGGCCGUUCUCGCAACACGCACACGGUAUAAGCUCUCUCCCACCGUUGCUCUCCCUAGCUGCCUGCCUCCCCAUGAAAUUAGUGUUUGCCUUCAAUAAAAGUUAUUUUUGUUGAUUGGGAGGAAUGUUGUGGACCCGGUUAACGAGUCAUGCACUGUAGGAGUCUUUCUCCUGCGUAUCGAUAGCGGGAGUAGCUGCACGAUUCAGCAAUAAUGAUGUGUACGUGUAUGUGGACCGAGAGCAAGGGUUCCGUUGUGAGAACCUACCCGAGGCUUUUCACUGUAGGAACCUGGCAUGGCUCUUCGUUCGAUCCGCGCAUUUGAACCGAUGGGGAGCAAUAUUGUUCGUGGGAUAUUACACGGUUGGUUGUUGUCUCCUACGUUGCUUCUUUCCACUACGCGUGAGACGGUUGGCAUUGCGGGAGGGGCGUUCCUCCCCGGUCCGUGCGUUUCUUGAAUAGAUGCAAUUGAGGCCCUUUGAUCCGUUAAGCCCGGGUUGUUAGGGUAAGCCGAAGGGUAUGCACUUGUGAAGCAAUGGAAGACAGCUUGAAGGAAAUUGCGCAUAUGGCGCAGGGAGUCGUUGUGGUGGUCUUCACAUUGAAGAUCGUUCUGACAUCGUGCCAGUUCCUCCUUCUUCCCUAGGUCUUCAAGGUCCGAUUCACGCUUUUAUUGUGGUCAUUUUUCCAGGAUACCGUCUGAUUUCGGGGACGUUGUCAACAGACAAAGAGAGUUUCUGUGUCGUUGGGCGCAUGGAGUCGUCGUCAAACGAAUGAGCAUGAACGAAGUUCGAGUUUCGCCAGCUGCAUCCUCCCCAACAACGCGAUCGUAAUCUUCCAUUCUCC